AUGGAUCGGCCGAAGAGCAUGCCGCCGCAGAGCAGCGGACAAGGUUUAUUCCACUUCCUGCCUCUGAACUCGGAAGUGUCCGUACCCGCCGUCGUGCCCAACAGUCGAUGGAGCGUCGAUGUCGCCAAUCCCCGUCCGCACUGGCAGCGCUCCWCGGCCAGCAUUUCCGCCGCAGAAUUCCUCGGCAUGAAACGAAGCAGCAGCAACGAUCCCGACGACAAACAUGUGGGGGGAGGAAGAGGAGGAGGAGCAGAAGAUGCGGCCAAUGCCCGACGCAUGAGCCAUGCCGCCAGCAUCCUCAACACGCCGCAAGUUCGCAGCCAGCGGUUGAUCGGGAACAGCAAUCCGCGAUACCGCUGGGAUCGAUACUUCAAGAGCGAGGACGAGUUGAAGCCCAUGUCCAAGAAGUUGCGGAAAUACUACGAGAGGAACAACUAUCUCAUCCAGCAUUACAUGUACAUUGAUCGCUUGCUGGACAGUAGUCUGCCCCACGAUCUCAUCCAGGAAUAUCAACACAUUGAAAUGUCGGCCAUCAAGAAUCUGCGGCAGGAAAACCUGCCCGAACCGAUUGAGGAGGAGGAGGGAGCACGACAUGCAAGUAUGAAUGGAAAUGGAUAUGGCAGUAUGAAUGGGAAUGGACAUGAAAAUGGACAGGGCGGCAUGAAUGGGAAUGGAUAUGAAAAUGGCAUGGUAGACUCGCACCAUCGCGUCUAUCCCGAACGACACGGCUCAUUUGACAGCAUCGACGCUGAUGGAGGCUUCUGGGCCAAUGGCAAUGAAGAAUCCCACCCGCCUCCCCCUAAAGUCAAGCGGACACCCAAGGACAUUUAUUCCUACAAGGCAUCCAACAACAACAGCGAAACCGCCCUCAGCAAUGAAAACGAAGACGGCGAACAGGAACCUCUCCUCUCCUCCCGCUUCUCCCACACCGCCGAUGGAGAGGUAGAAGACGGGCCGGCCUCCAUCCCCGAACUAGAGUACGAGGAAGAAGCUUCCUCCCAGUCCCGCAUCGUCACCAUCGCCAUUAUCAUCAACGUCGUCGCCAACACCGCCCUCCUCAUCAUGAAACUCAUCGUUGUCCUCCUCUCCUCCUCCGUCUCCGUCCUGGCCUCCCUCGUCGACGCCGCUCUGGACUUCCUCUCCACCGUCAUCGUCUCCGUUACCACUCGUCUCAUCUCCCGAACAGAUCAAUACGCCUUCCCCAUCGGUCGUCGACGCCUCGAACCCGUCGGGGUCCUGGUCUUCAGCGUCAUCAUGAUCACCGCCUUCAUCCAAGUCCUCUGGCAAGCCAUCGCCGCUCUAACCAGUGGAAAACAAGAAAUCGUAGAGCUCACCAUCCCAGCCAUCGCCAUCAUGUCAGCCACUGUGGUCAUCAAAGGAGCCUGCUGGUUCUGGUGCCGCAUGAUCAAAAACUCCUCCGUGCAAGCUCUCGCUCAAGACGCCGCCACCGACGUCGUCUUCAACACCUUUUCCAUCAUUUUCCCUUUAAUCGGAUACUACGCUUCCAUCUGGUGGCUGGAUCCUCUAGGCGGAGUCUUCCUCUCCCUCUACGUCAUCAUCAAUUGGAGUCGCACCGCAAACGAACACAUCAUGAACCUCACCGGCGCCUCGGCCAGCGCAGACGAGCGCAACAUUUUAUUAUAUCUCACCAUGCGAUUUGCGCGCACGAUCAAACAAAUCCAGGGCUUGCAAGCCUAUCAUUCAGGGGAUAAAUUGAAUGUCGAAGUGGAUAUCGUGUUGGAAGAGACGAUUAGUCUACGGGAUAGUCAUGAUUUGGGCGAGAGUUUGCAGUAUGUGAUUGAGAGCGUGCCGAAUGUCGAUCGCGCGUUUGUGCAUAUGGAUUAUACGGGGUAUAAUCUGCCGACGCAUUUGCAGCAGGAUAAUUGA